CCCAUUUUUCUCCAAACCAAACCUCAUUUAUUCCCACCACCUAGGUUUUGCUUUUUGUUCCAUUUCUCUCCCCCAUUUUUGGAUUUUUGUUUUUACCCUUCUCCUUCCAUUUCAAGAUCUAUCCUCCUUCGUCCCCCAAACUCCUUCCUUUCCAUGGAUUUCUUCACCAAAAUCAAAACUUCCCAACAUAUUCCUCCAUUCCCACCUCCAAAUCCUUCCCAUUCCAGCUUCCCCAUUAUCGCCAUUGCCAUUAUUGGAAUUCUCGUCACUGCUUUUUUGCUUCUCAGCUACUAUGUCUUCGUCAUCAACUGUUGCCUCAACUGGCACCGCUUCGAUCUCAUCCGCCGUCUCUCCCCUUCCUCCACCCGCCGUCUCCCUUCCCCCACUGCCUACUCUCCGGCCUUCGAGACUCGGGGUCUUGACGAAUCGGUGAUUAGAUCAAUCCCUUUGCUGCAUUACAAGAAAUCAAUGCCCAAUGAAAAAACCUUAUCUGAAUGCGCUGUUUGUUUGAGUGAAUUUGAAGAAGAUGAGACUGUUCGAAUUAUUCCCAUUUGUUCACAUCUAUUCCACAUCGACUGUAUCGACAUUUGGCUGCAAAAUAAUCCCAAUUGCCCACUUUGUCGAACCAGCAUUUCUAGCUCUGUUCUGUUUCAUCGAUUUCCUCUUCCGAGCUCCUCGCCGGAGGAUCCAAUCGGUGCUGGAGGUGAAAGGGACUUCGUAGUGAUUGAAUUGGGUGGAAUUAGAAAUGACCCAUCUGGCCAAUUUUCACAAGAGCGGGCGAAUUCAAGGGAAUUGCCGGCGGUGAAAUUGGAACAGGGGAAAAAAUGGCAGAAACUUCAGAAAGUGACGAGUUUAGGGGAUGAGUGGAUUGACACUAGAGAGAAAGAUGAGCAAUUUUUUAUUCAACCCAUUAGACGGUCGGUUUCUAUGGACUCGUCGGCGGAACGGCAGAUGUAUCUAGCGGUGCAGGCGGCGCUGCAGCAGAGCCGGCGUGGGAGUGAGGUUAGUCCUGGCGGCGAUGGGUGUAAUGGGAGAGGGAGAAGAUCUCUAUUCUCUUUCGGAAAUGGUAGAAGUUGUAGAAGUUCUGUUCAAGUUCAACCUGUUCGUUUGGAAGAGAAUUAAGAGUUAGAAAAAUUGAUUUUUGUUGUCAUUGAUUUAAAGAUACAAAGUGUUAGCAUUUUCUGAGAGAAAUUCAAUCAAAAGAUUGAUAACUUUUUUUUUUUAAUGUAUUUUUUAAUUGAUUUUUCUCGAAACCAGUCAUAAUUGUCAAAAGCUUAAGUUAUGAAUGUGGUAUAUAGUUAUGAAUA